UCAUGAGCACAGAUCUAACCACGGAUCAUAGAAAUUAUGUCUUUGGAACAUAUGGUGACGGCAAUGUCUUGCUUACUAUCGACAUGCGGCAAUAAUGGCGGCACUACGUUGAUGAGGAAUUCGGCGAUGGCAAGACCACUCGACGAUGUUUGGGGUGUGGGCUGCAGGGCAAAGGCGGUAGAGUUUAGUGAUAAACUCGAUAAAUUGCUAAGAGAUCAGUUGAAUGCAACAGAAGUGCUGAGUGAGAUUGAAAAACGCGUAGCACAAUUAAAAGGUACGAGUACAAUAGGACGUAGGAAGCGUGAACUAACACAUAAUUCAGAUGAUAUCAGAAAUGUACGCUUUGAUUGCAACGGUAAACAAAAAAUCGAAAUCAACGCUGAUAUGCCGUUAUACUUAGUUGAUUGUGAGCGUAAGUACUAUGGACAUGGUUGGAAAUUGAUUGCUAGUUUGGAUGCAAGGCAUCGAAAGUGUUUGAACGAAAAAGAUCAAUAUGAACUGCUUAAUGGAUAUGAGAACUGGGAGCGCGGCGACAGCACGAGUGACUACUUUAUCGGCUUGAAAUAUUUGCAUGCUAUAACAGCAAGUAAGGGAGCGCAUGAAUUGCUGAUAUUAACACACGAUCAACAGUAUGGUGAGCGGAUGGUGGGGGAGUCUGUUAAACACUUCAUGCAUUACCGCUCAUUUGCUGUAGCUGACGCAAGUGAUGACUAUAGACUGCUAUCGCUAGACGGCUAUGAAGGUGAUAUUAUUGACCCACUGAAGGCAAUGCUGGGAAAUCCAUUUUCAGUCGCCCAGAUAGAUGUGGCAGACACGGACCGGGUUACAAUGUUUGUGAGAAGUGAGCAAAUGACUUAAUUAUAUAAAUGUGGUAUGCACUUUUGUAGCCCACUAAAUUCCGAUAUAAAAAAUGCAAGUUCGGAGUUAGUCAAAAAUCGCAUUGAUUUGUGAGAUUUUUUUUUGUUGAAAAUGUUUUGCAUUUUUUCCAUAUAAAGUAUUUUCGAAAUUUUGUGAGUUAGUAGUAUUGUUGCCACCAGUGCACGUAAAUAAACUAUGUAUAUUGUACG